GAUAAGAACGAACUAUAAGUACUAACCUUUAUGUCACCUGUGUCUCCUGCUGGAAAUCUAUGGAUAUGGAUGGACCGCCGUUUUUAAAUGCAAAUUGUGAAUAAAUAUUUUGUAAUAUCCGAUAUAUUGUUUCUGCGAUAAGAAUCAUCGUUGGACAUUAUCCAACGGGAGCAAAGUGUAUCAAUUCUAUCAUAUCUCAGUGUGUUGAACCUUUCAUAUUUUAACCCCUAUUACAUCACACAUCUGUUAUAUGCAAGGUUGAUAAGAUCAAGAUUGAUAAGCUACAAGUGGCUACAAGUAAGGAAUUGCUGCGAGUACAUCAUAAUACUGUGAGCAAAGAAAAAUUGAGGGACAAUGAAGGUGACAACAGUUCCAGCUAAACACACUCUUCACAGUGGAAUUUUUCAUCCUGUCUUAAGGCAGUGGCAGUCACCAAAUGUAGAAAUCACAGUUAACAAUCUUAUGUAUCCCAUAUUCGUAUCGGAUGAAGAAAACGCUGAAGAUGCUAUUGGUAGCAUGCCCGGUGUGUAUCGUUAUGGAAUAAAUCAGUUAGAAAAAAUGUUGCAGCCUUUAGUUGCUAAAGGAUUGCAGUCAGUCUUGUUAUUUGGUGUAUCACGACAUCUCGAAAAGGAUGAGAUUGGAAGCAACGCCGACAGCGCGAGGAAUCCUAUCAUUCGUGCUCUACCAUUGCUACGAAGGAAGUUUCCUGAUUUAGUAAUAGCAUGCGAUGUCUGUUUGUGCCCAUACACGGUGCAUGGACAUUGCGGUAUACUCGACGAUGACGGUAGCAUUAAUAACAAAGAUAGUAUUCGACGGAUUGCUGAAGUUGCCGUGUCAUACGCGAAAGCAGGUGCGCAAAUUGUUGCGCCAUCCGACAUGAUGGACGGUAGGGUGAGCGCGAUAAAACAGGGUUUAGCCGCAGCUGGCUACUCGAAUAGAGUAGCUGUCUUGUCGUACGCUGUAAAAUUUGCAUCAGAACUCUACGGCCCUUUUCGGGACGCGUCGCAGUCUGCUCCAAAGUUCGGCGAUCGCAAGUGUUAUCAAUUGCCUCCUGGCAGCAACGGAUUGGCGGCCAGGGCUGCUGCAAGAGACGUAGAAGAGGGAGCAGACAUGCUGAUGGUGAAGCCAGGACUGCCUUACUUGGACGUAGUGCGACAUACAAAGGAUGCGCAUCCGGAGUAUCCUAUAUUCGUGUACCAAGUCUCGGGAGAGUAUGCCAUGCUGUAUCACAGUGCGCAAAACGGCGCGAUCCAUUUGGAGAACGUGCUGAACGAGAUAUUGCUCUCCAUGAGAAGAGCGGGUGCCGAUUGUAUCAUAACGUAUUUUACCCCAUUGAUUUUGGAUAUGUUACAACCGAAAAGUAAAUUAUAAGUAUUACCCAAAAUUAGGAUAAACAAAUUUGGGAAUAAUGCAAUUGUAUAAUGUUUAAUCGAUAUUCGAUAUACGCAGUUACAAACAGAAGAAAAAAAAGAUUUUUUAAACGCGGAAAUUGUACAAAAUACUUGCAGAAAUUGUUGACAUGCAUUAUUGCAAUUUUAUGUUACUUAUUGAAUUAUAAAAUUAUAAGUCAAUUAUUAAUAUAAUUAGUUAUAAUUAUAUUUAUAUAUAUACAAGUUUUAAAAAAUUGACUUCGCAUAUUUUGUGAAAUUUUAUUGUGUAAUAUUGUCUGUAUUAUUUGUCAUAAUAAAUAAUAAAUCAAGCUAUUUCGUAA